UCAACAUUAGCAACUAAAACGCAAACAAAAAAAACAGUAGAUGAUUAUAAAAAGAAACAACAACGAAAAUUAGAAUUAAAAAUGAUGGAAGAUUUAAGUGCAAUCGCACAAAGAUGUUUGAAGGAUGCAUUAAAGGGUGGACGAAACGAACCAACAAUAACAACAAAACGCCAACAAAUAUCAAAUGAACAGUAUAUGUUUCUUCGAAAAAAAUUUAGCGUGAGUUAAAGUUUCCUCUAACUUCAUAUAACGCAGCAUGAAAACUAAUAUUCUUGGACAAAAGGUUCUCGUUGGCAGAGCUCGCUCGAAACACGGAGGGGCAACAGGAAACUAGUUACUGCGCGAGCUCUUUUUUUUAAUUUGGCUGGUGAAAAAACAUUAUUCUAACUUAUUGAGCCGAGCCCACCUGACCGUGUUCCACUCGCUCGGACGACCUCUGCUCGUUGGAAUUUCUGAUGGUCCUCCCAAAGUAUUUUGCCUAAAAAGCAGCAGAAAACUACUAAAAUUACUAAAAGUACCGGAUACUUUUAGGGUAAUAUUUGGUAGAAAAGAAGAUCAAACUUUUUACUCUCUUUAACUAGUUUUAUUCCAGAUUUAUGAUUAACUAUUGCUUUUUUGACAAAUUAGAAUAAAAUUAGGUGUUAAUAUUUUUCAGUUAAAUUAAAAAAACAAGCUUCAGUCAUAAUUAAAUUUUUGUAGAAAAACGUAUAUUUCUGACAAAACGUGUUUACGAGAUAUAAAACAUCAGAAUUCGGAUAGACCUUCAAAUUCUGGAAAUACCGCCAAAUGAGAAUACCUCUUUACACUUAUUCAAAUCAUAAAAUUUAAAAAGAUAUUGACUAAAUGUGUCCUAUAUCGAUGACAUUACAUGGCACAUGAAAAAGUGUUUGAUGUCAUAUGAGAACAGAAGAAAAGAGUCUUCUCACGAGGGAACCUCUUGAGGUGCUAAAAAUCUUUUUGAAUGGGACUAUGUGUAAAAUGUAGGUCCUUAUGGGCUAUGAAGAACUCCAACUUCGGUCGGACGCAAUCAGCUUUGUUGCUGAGAUAUUGAAUUAUUAUUCGAAUUUUUCCAAUGGGAUCUGGAUUUCUAGUGAAAUCGGAGUUUUGAAUUUCAGGUUGAAACUUAUCACAUAUUGUAGCCAUGAUCAUUUGUGGUCCGAUGAAAAAAAGGGUGAGCCGAAAACCUCUUUCCACUACGGUGAAAGAAUUUUGUUCCAUAUUUUACCUUUGGUACCGAUAUGGAAAAAAUUCUUUCGCCGUAGUGGAAAGAGGU